CCAUCAUCCUUUGUCACAUUUGCAGGUGUCCAUAUCUGGCUAUCCACUUGUCCCCUGCAAUCCCGGUCUUCGCUAUCGUCCUCUUCCUUUUCGUAAUGGCUAUGCUGCUUAGGACCAGCUUCAGUGACCCGGGGGUGUUGCCCCGUGCGCUUCCAGAGGAGGCCACCUUCAUUGAGAUGGAGAUAGAGGCGGCCAAUGGGAAUGUCCCGGCUGGGCAGCGGCCUCCACCUCGGAUCCGCAACGUCCAAAUCAACGGGCAGAUCGUGAAACUCAAGUACUGCUACACCUGCAAGAUCUUCCGACCGCCUCGUGCCUCACACUGCAGUAUUUGUGACAACUGCGUGGAUCGUUUUGACCACCACUGUCCCUGGGUGGGGAACUGCGUAGGCAAGAGGAACUACCGGUACUUCUACCUGUUCACCCUGUCCUUGUCUCUGCUCACUAUUUACAUCUUCACCUUCGACAUCGUGCACGUGGUGUUGCGUUCGGUGGACUCUGGGUUUGUGAAGACGCUACAAGACACACCUGGGACUGUGCUGGAAGUGCUGGUCUGCUUCUUCACCUUGUGGUCAGUGGUGGGACUGACUGGCUUCCAUACCUACUUGAUCUCCCUUAACCAGACCACCAAUGAGGAUAUAAAAGGUUCGUGGUCUGGAAAGAACCGAGUGCAGAACCCCUACAGCCACAAGAACAUCCUCAAGAACUGCUGUGAAGUGUUGUGUGGGCCUGCCUACCCCAGUGUCUUGGACAGAAGAGGGCUUAUGCGGGAUGAUUUGCCUAUUACUUCAUCUGCUGCCGUGCCUGCCAUCAGGAGCAAUCCAGUGCCACAGACCACAAAAACCACAGCUCCACUCAUCCCAAACGAGCACACUCCUGAUGAUACUAAGCCCAGCAUCGCAGACACCACCAAUCCCCAUGCAGAGAAAAGCAGCCCCUCGCCCAAAGAGGAGAAGCAGCCCACUCUGUACAAAGCCCUGCCCAUCCCUAAAUCUCCGCCCACUCCCGCCAAAGUCCCGCCCCUGGCCUCACCUGAAACUGAUGCUGAGGCGUCCGUCAUUAUUGCCAGGGAGAAGGCACUCUAGCCAAGCGGUAGGGAUGGAAAGUCCUUCCCUGACCUGCCCAAAGUCACAGCCCUUCUCUCCAAAGCACAGUCUGGACCUAUGAGAAGACAUGUUUUUAAUCGGUCUUGACGUGAGCUGCGUGAACGAAAUGCAACUCUCUGGUCAUUGGGUGGACGAUCAACUACAGUUUCUAGUCGUGCUCUUUCCAGCGAACGUACGGGUACCAUGCCCCCCCCCCCCCCCCCCCCCCCCCCCCAGGUCUUAGUGACCGAGUUGCUUAAUGGACAUUCAUAAUUCAGAAUGGGGGGAGGGGUGGCUUGGAAUCUUUUCCCCUUUCCCUGAACAAUGCAUGGAAAUACAAAGGUGAUGGGGGCGGGUACUGUGGAAAGGACACGAGACUGCCGGAUGCGAAUGCCUGUAAAUCCCCGGGGCGGCGUGAGCCAAAGGAUAUCCUCAAAAGUUUGCCGCUCUGAGGCGCUGCUGGCUUAUGGCUACCUGUGGCCUCGGCUCUGAUUGUCAAUGCGUCGGUUUCUCUGCGAUGAUGCCGGUUCUCACAUCCACUCUCUGUCGUGCAAUGUCCGGCUGAAACUUUUGUGUUGCAAUUUCAUGAAAACAUAAUGUUGUUAGUCCAUUCUCGGUUUCUUUUCCGUGCUGAGCAGGCCCCUAUGCAAUUCAUGCCAGGUUGGCAGUUUGCAAUAUAGCCAUUCGGAUAAUGAGGAUGUAUUAAUGAGGAUCUAGAGCUAGUUUAGGUUAGUUGAGGAAGAAAACCCUAUCCGUAAUGGUUAGGGAAUAUCUGAAAGUCACCGUUUUGUCUCUGCCGGUAACUGAAACUCGACCUGAUUUAAACAGCUAUUGCUGCAUCUGUUAUAAAUCAAAUCGCUUGACUGGAUUAGUUGAAAUAAAAGUGGCGGCCUUCACAAUCUCCAUUCCAGUUUAUACUUUCCUAACAAAUGGUAAGCUGGUCUUCUGGAAUGGUAAACCAUCUGCAUUUCUUAGACAGUGUGCAGGUGCACCGUGUGCAGGAGUUCAUGCAUCAGAAACAGACGCUUUGUCAGACUGUGUUCUGGUGUGUGCAGGUGUCAUGGUUGGGGGACGUUUCCAUUUCAAAAAUGUAACUGAAAUUCCUUGUGUUUCUGAGUGUUUUCCGUGGACACUCAAAAUCGGGACUGCCCAAUGGCGGGUCUUAGAGGGCCUAAACACCUAAUUCUAUCCUUUUAAUCAGGUUUAUGUUUAGAAUGGGAGUGCAGGUGAGUGUAAUUAACGACCAAGGAAGAACAUACAGAACCAAGAUGGGGCAGCCCUGUAAUGAUUGAAAUUGAUAUGGAAACUCCAGCCUGCGUUUGUGUGUGUCUGCUGUGUGACGAAGAAGGCCUGAUUGCUGUUGGCAGCAGACACUAGUAACAGUGCCUUAUCGAAAAGCUGCGGCUGUCACAUGCGUCUACGACUAAGGUCAUCCAGCCAUCUACAGGCAGAUCCUUAGACUGCAAUCAGUGACCCCCUGAAUCGUACCUGCCGACUGUCCAACAAGAAAUCACCAUCCCUUUUAUACAGUUACCAAGGAGACUUUGAGAUAGCAAAAAAAAGAUGAAGUAAAGCCAUUGUUUAAAUGUAUAUAUUCUAUGCCCGUGUUUAAAAUAAUCUUGCUACCGAAAAAGGAAGGAUGGGGGGGGGGGGUGUGGCCGCCAUUAGGUAUUUAAACUGGGGACGAACGGUUGUCCUGCACCCUGCAAGUUAUGCAUCUUUGACAUUAAUUUGUCCCCCUGGCUUCCGAUGUCAUCUUGGUGUUCCUUGACACGGUCCAUCUCUGAGGACAUCUCCCUCAGUUUCCUCUCCACCGUGCCUCACUCUCUUCCCCUCUUCCCUUCCUCUCCAUCUUUCCCGAGGAAGAUGUUCUGUGCCCAAGUCUACCGAAAAGCUAUCCAUGCUAUCCGUAGCAAGCUCAUUAUCGUACCGAAAAGGCGAGCAAUGGUAGCGAUUCCCCCUUUUAUUCUGCCCAUCACACAUCUGUUCAGUUCACACCAAAUGGAGUGGAGGAUUCUGGGGAUGGGGCAGUACGUGAAUAGUGGGCGGUGCGGGUGAGAGACAACCGUAAGUGACAGGAUUCAGGGGUAGUCAGUGAGAAUGGCUUGGCUGUGGGGUACAGUGUUAAACUGAUGUUGGUUGAUGAUGGAGAGAGUUUGUGUUACUCAUUGUUUUGUAUGCAAGGCAGAGUAAUUGUAAGUGUGAUAUUACUUGUAUAGAAACUAUAGUAUAACAAUUUUGACAGUUUCAUUCUGAUGCGCCUCUAUGCCCAUGCUAAUUUAUAUAGCUAAUAUUCCAUUUUACGAUCAGAUAUAUAAUGAUACUGUAAUAUUAUUAAUGAAAUUGCAGAGCUACUGAAUAUGGCCAAAGCAGUAUGUUUACAAUUCUUUUUAAUUAGAUUUAAUUUCAUGAAGGUUCACCUUUUCAGUUCAAACUUGUAUUUGAAUCCUGAAUUUUUGUGGAGUCGCUAGUUCUCAUCUUGGACCUGGCCGUGUUUUUAGGAUAAAGUAAUGUGGUCCAGUGAAGGUCAUGAAAGGGUAUAUACUGUAGACUAUUUUUGGGUGGGAAAGAUGAAACCCAAAUCCAUAAAAAAAAAAAAAAAAAUCUUUAGAAUCUGGAAUGAUGUUUGUGCUAAGAAGGUGCAGGAUGAAGUUUCCUCUAGAUGCGAACCUUAGUUCAGUUUUGAAUUUCACCCAUUAAUGGUUACGGUUAGGAUUUAGGGAGGGGAAGCUGAUCCUAGAACUUUACCUAGGAGAAAUAUUACCCCAUUGCUGCUAAGAAUGUAAGCUUUCUUAUGAAACAAACAACAAAAGGAUAUUUUAAUCCAACCGAAUUUGUAUGUUUUGCAUUUAGAAGGCCUAUUAGGAGUUGUCAUGGUUUCUUCAUUUUUUUUUUUAUUAUUGUCCAGCAUUCUUAGGCCUGCCCUUCAAUCCUAAUAUCAUUUGAAGCAGAUCCUUGUUUGCCCCUGAAUAGUAUUUGGUUCUGGCCAGUUGUAAAGGUCUCUGUAGAUAAUUGCGCUGCUACUUUGAUGUCAAUGACUGUCGGGGGAUUGAGAUAAACAAGUUUAAAAGGGAAUCUUCAUGUUAAAUUGUGUGCAGGUUGAAAGCUAAUGGAAUGGAUCAGACCCUUGUGCUCUUAUCGUCAUCUAAAUGCGAUUAUAAUAGUUGUACAUAAAAUGAACUGAGAAGUUCGAAAUUGGUUCCUAAUGUUUCGUUAACAUUUGGAUGGAUGAUUUAUAAUGUGAAAAGUAUGUUACGGGUCUUCGAUCUUAAUGCUCUGAUCUACGACGGUACAUAUUGUAUGCAGUACAGAUACAAAACCACUGAUGGAAUUCUAUUUAUGUUCACUUUGUUUAGUAAUAACACUGUGAUGAUGUAUAUUUCAUAAUAUUACCCUCACUUGUUUUUACAUGAUUGAUUGACGCGUCUGGUAAUUAAAUUAUAUUGUCUUUAUUAUUAGUAGUUUUGUCUCAAUUAUUGCAAUGACAAUAUUUUAGUGCUGGGUUUCCCCAGAUUCCUGUAAAUUGUCCCAUUAAAAAUCAACAAAAGAAAAUAAAGCAGACUAAUGGAAGCAUGUUUGCGACAGGUUUAAUUAACAUGGGUGGGCCACAAUGUUCGAUAAAGUGUAAUGCCAUCUUCACAUCUGAAUUUUGUAUUUUUUUUUAUUGACCACACAAGCAGACAGGACUUAUUUGAGAACUUACAAAAUAUUCUGGGUAUUCAGAACACAGAAACAGAAAAAAGGAAAUCCAAACAUAACCGAUACAUUACCCACCUGAAAGAUGACUAAUUUUCAAACUCACUGAAGACAGUCCAACUUUAUGUACAGAUCCACAAAUGGGUAAAUCAAUUCCAAGCUCUCUCCAUCACUUGUGUUAUGAAGACUAGAAUGGUUUAUAGGAGGGGUUCCUCGCUGUCAAUGCAUGAUAAUAGUCUGAUCAAAAUGCCAUAAAAUCUGCUUUCAGGUACUGUAGUUUUUAUCAUGGGAUUUUGAUUCUUAAGUGUCUGCCAGACUAACUGGGGCUAUGAUCACCAAACCAAUAAAGAAGAGUUGGUAGUUCUCAUGCUGCAGGAGCGUUUUCAAGUCGAGACACAAACUCCAUUUAGGAUUUAUAGAGGUGCUUUUUCCCUUUCCCGUGUUUUUAGAUCCUGGAGGUUUGGUUGCUAAUUGAGUCCAGCUGCUUACUAAAACUUUGUUAUGAAUAUGGUGAUAUAGAAAAGGUUAACCCUUUUUCAUGGCAUUAAGUUUGCCCAGCAGGAAUAUUGGGAGUGUUCUCUGAUACGGAAAAGUCCUUACAACAAUGACAGACAAGUUUUGAUCAACACACCAACAAUGAAGUAAAACAACAUAGCGAAGUUGAUUUUGUGCUCUAAAAUCUCAACAUCAAUUCCAUUCAUAGGUCAUUAACAAAAUAUUUCUCAAAAUAAAAGUUGAAAAUUACAUGCAAACUAAUAUUACACAUUAACUUUACAUUCAAAUACCUCAAAUGUUCAAAGGGAACAGAUAACACUUGACAAAAUAAAGGAGAAACGAG